AUUCUUUCUCAUGGAAUGAAGCUUGGUACCCCUACAUUUUUACAACUUUCAUAGUCAAAAUGUCUCAAACGUUCCUCAUUACUUCCGCCACUGGAUCUCAAGGCGGCUCCACGGCCCGCGAGCUCCUCCACCGCGGCGCCAAAGUCCAUGCCUUGGUACGCGACCCCUCAUCCGCAGCCUCCAAAGCUCUCCAAGCUCUCGGAGUCGCCCUCUUCAAAGGCGACUUCUUUGACCUUCCUGCCAUCAGGUUAGCCCUCACCGGCGUAUCCGGAGUCUUCCUCAACACUUUCCCCAACUUCAACGAAGGCGAAGGCGAGAUUCAACAGGCCAAGAAUGUCGUCACAGCUGCCAAAGAAGCAAAGACCGUCACCACGAUUGUUGUAUCGACCGUCUUCAAAGCCGGCGAGAAGUCCGAGAUCGCUGCUUCCAAGCCUAACUUUCCAUUUUUGAACCUCUAUCUUCAUCAGAAGUCCGGUGUCGAAGAGGUUGUCAAGAACGCAGGAUUUGAACACUGGACAGUACUCAGACCAGAUUGGCUGGACUAUAACUACUUGGUGCCUGGCUAUGCUAUCCAUUUUCCGGAGUACAGGACAGAGCAUAUAUUGAGUACAAGUUAUGAUCCGAGCUUCAAGAAAGCCCACCUUGAUCCUGUCGAUGUAGGGAAGUUCGCUGCUGCUGCUUUAUUGGACCCGCAGAAAUUUGACAGGCAUGUGCUCGAGCUUGGAGGUGAGCUUCUUACGCUCGAGGAAGUGGCGAAGACUUUGAGCAAGGUUGCGGGUGUGCAGGUUAAGGUGCGGUAUAGGACCGAGGAGGAGACGAGGGAGCUGGUCGAGAGCAAUAAGAUGCCUGUCAUUGAAAUGCAACUUUGGCCUAGAGAAGUCAGCUUGGAUUAUGAUGCGAGCGAAUUGGAUCAGUACGGAAUUAAGCUUGGAACGUUGGAGGACUAUUUGAAGAGAGAGAAAGAAAGGCUCUUGGACACACUUGGAGUCCCAAAGGUAUGACGGUCAAAGCAGUAGGAGAUGUAUCUUCAUUCUCCGUCAUUUUGCUGUAUAUUACAGCAACCAAUACCCGCCACUUCUCAUUCUUGGCCUAUGCCACUCCCAUUGCUCC